AUGAGCUCUAUAUCUCCACUCGGUUUUGACACAUUGUUCAGGAUCACCUGCAAUUCUUUUGCUCAUAUACUUGGAAAUUUUGAAAAUGCUUCUCUUAUGGAGCUUUUUGGAUUUCGAUGCGGAGAUAUUCUUCAUAGUCUUCCCAGAGGGUCGUCCAUCACAGAGGGAAGGCAACCAUCUGAUUCAUUAACUGUUGUAGAGGAAGGUGCCGUGGAGAAAUUGAUGAUACGGCGUAGCUUACUUUUGGGCGAGGAGGGUUGGAGCAGGCUGUCAUAUUAUAGAAAUUUUCUUGGUAACAACUCUGAACCAUGGCAAGAACGGGCAAGGAGCCAGAGGCCCUCCAGAACUUGGUUGCGAACAAUGAAGAGAAGUUGCAGGGCGGGGUUCUGCUCACAAAUUCGCCAUCUGUCUGAUAUAGAGAGGGAAACCAGCAUUACCAUCAAUAGAUGUGUUGAUUUGGGGAAAACAGCUCUUUACAUUGCAGCAGAAGAUGACUCCCUUGUGUCACAUUCUUCAGUUCCGCUUCCGGCGGAUGCUUUUAUUAGUAGGUUUGGUGAUCUUUCCAUGGACUAUUGUUCUCACCACAACUCUUCAUUUAGAUCCUCGCCUGAGAAAUUGUUGGAGAGUUUGGAAAACUAUUUGUACGUAAAUAAGCUUGGUAGGGAAACUGCCGAACUUAUAAUGCUGAAGGAAUGUGGGUUUCGAAGGACGAUUGCAAGGUAUCACUCUGAAUCACGAGCUCUAUAUCUCCACUCAGUUUUGACACAUCGUUCAGGAUCACCUGCAAUGCUUUCACUCAUAUACUCAGAAAUUUUGAAAAUGCUUCGCCUAUGGGGUUUUUUGGAUUUCGAUGUGGAGAUAUUCUUUCCUCAUGAUCUUCAUGGUCUUCCCCGAGGUUAUCAUAAACAGAAAAGCAAGGAAUCUGAUAAUGUGCACAUAAUGACUUCGCAAGCCCUUUUAGUGGAGAUUUUAAGAAAUUCGAAGGACGCAUUCUGGCCGUUUCAGCAUUAUCAACCAGGGAAUUUGUUCUUGAGGGCAGCACGUGCUGCUAACUUUAUCGAUAGAUCAAACAUAAAUGAAGACAGUGGCUUUCAGCUUGCAUCUGCGAAGGCUGCUCAACAUAGACUAGAUCGUGGUGUUUGGACUAGUGUACAUUUUGGGGAUAUGAGGCGUGCCCUAUCUGCUUGUGAACGUCUUAUUCUCCUAGAAGCUGAUCCGAAGGAAUUAAGAGAUUACAGCAUUCUUCUCUACCAUUGUGGAUUUUACGAGGAAUCACUUGAAUAUCUAAAGUUAUAUCAGGACAAAAAGGGUCGUCCACUACGGAGGCGACCGUCUGAUUCGUUAACCGUUUUGGAGGAAGAUGCCGCAGAGAAAUUGAUGAUACGCCUUAACCUAAUUCUGAUGGAGGAUGGUUGGAGCAGGCCGUCGUAUAUUAGAAACUUUCUUGGUAACAACUCUGAACCAUGGUAGUCUUCGCAUAUAUUAUUGCAGAUAGCAGUACAAACCCAAAUCAAUAGGAGGUUCAUGUAAACCGGCAAAGCGGCAUCCUGGAAAAGUUUUGCCAGAUAUGCGGUGUUUUCUAUCCGUAUAUAACAAGAUGAACAAAACCGGAGAUACGAGUCCUGCCACAUUCUGCAUUUUCCUAUAUGGUGCCAGUUUUUUAUGUAGUAAUUGUGUUGAACAGAUCCUCAGUAAAUUUGAACGCCGGAAUAUUGGAAGAAUGAACCGGCAAAAUGUACGACAGCGGAGGUAGUAGGGGUCUAUUAUCUCUGCUUGUGAUACUCUUAUGUAAAUUGAUGUAUAUAACAAGUUGUUACUUCAUUUGUGAUUUGAGUAAUGACAAAAUUAUGUGGAAUCAUAUAUC